GCAGUUAUCUCUCGGCUGAUUGGGCGAGUGCAAGUCAUCGCAAAUGUGGAGAGGCAGGGCUGCCCUUGACACUCAGUGCUGUGGCCACCACAACACGAUGGCCUCUCCCACGGGAAGACUUUCGGGAAAGCACUGUCUCGUGACAGCCGCCGCCCAGGGCAUCGGACGGGCUACGGUGGAGGCCUUCCUGAGGGAGGGUGCCGUGCUAGUGGUGGCCGUCGACAUCAACGCUCAGAAGCUGAACGAGCUAACCUCUGACCGCGUGGUGCGGCGCGUGCUGGACGUGAGGGACGGCGAGGGCAUCAAGGCAUUGGCACGAGACCAUCCUGACAUCGACGUCCUGUUCAACUGUGCCGGCAUCGUACACCAGCGCCCGCUGCUGGAGACCACCGAUCAAGAAUGGAACAACUCCUUUGAUGUCAACGUGAAGAGCAUGUUCCUCUUUUGCAGGGAGUUCCUUCCCAAGAUGAUUAGUCGCGGCGGGGGCUCGAUCAUCAACAUGUCUUCCGCCGCCAGUUCGUUGCGAGGAAUCGACCGUCGUUGUGUUUACGGUGCUACCAAGGCAGCUGUCAUCGGGUUGACUAAGGGCCUGGCCAUGGAGCACGUGCGGGAUGGAAUCAGAUGCAACGUGGUAUGUCCAUCCCCCGUAGCCAGCCCGAGCUUCGGCAGCAGAUCCACAGAUCCUGAGGACUCGGACUUGGAGCAUAUCUCCUUUAUGGAGAACAAAAGGAUUGGUCGUCUGGCAAAGCCUGAGGAGGUUGCCAACCUGUGUCUUUACCUGGCUUCAGAUGAGUCUUCCUACCACACCGGGAAUGUGUUCGUUAUCGAUGGAGGGUUCACACUAUGAGUCGAUCUUCGCGGUUUCCAGACUCAUCGUCCAGGAGGUUCACGGUAGCCGCCAACGCGUUUGAGCUGCCACCACCACACAUUCAUCGUGAUCGAUCUUGUCUUAUUGUAUUACAGUAUAUAAAAUACAUAAGAUCGUGCAA